UUUCCACGCGCCAUCGGCCAAGGCACGCUCGACUCGAACGCGUUCGACGGCGAGAAGCAGCCAAGCUUCCACGGCGAUCGAACUCUUCUGUUGUUUCGGCUCAAGAAGCAUGGAAUCCCGACCGGGCUGGGCCCUGCGUUCCCCGAUUUGUCGGUUACUAGGGCACCGCACGGCAGAGCGUCCGACGUCACUUCGCUCGCUCUUUGUCGGCUCCUGUCUCCCGUCCGUCGGCUUCACCGUCACCCAGCUGCACGACGGGUACUGCGAGAAGCCCCAGCGCGAUCGGUGGAGUGUUGAGUCGCGCGUCGUCAUCGCAGACUACGCGACCACCCACGACGAAGUGGACACCUGGGUCAUAGUCCUGGUAUGGUCCCCAGUACACGGGAGCUGGCCGGAGCAGUUUAUAACGGCGCCAACGGAACUGGUACCCAUGGAAGGCUGCAAGGUGCACUGCAUUCCGACUCGGGACAGGUUCCUGCUGACCUCCGCCGGUGCGGUCGUGUUUCACGACUGGGACCUGGACGUCGACGACAUUCCCAGGUGUACGAAGACAUCGUCCUGCGGUGUUCCGGCAACGGAUCCAAUUGCACGCAGUGGAACUCCACGUCGCGCUCCGCACCUGGCCCACAAUGUACGUCACACGUGCGGAAAAGGACGUCACGGAGAGUUCCACUGUGCACGAAUUAUGCUCGACGGACAAUAUUGACGAACUCGUGGUUCAUCGGCAUCCAGGGGCUUGGGUUGCGUAAUGGAGGGUGCGGCGGCCUGCCCUGCCUCGCGACUGGCUCCAAAGGAGGCCCCGUCCGCUGUGAACUGUCGAGAAACGCUGGUCGCGAGCUACGUACGUGUUCUUGCGAUGGGUGUUUACCACUGACUGCUACGAGUUGUAACGCUGAUUGUGAUUGUUGCCACGUACUUAUGCGUAACUCGAAGCUAGGUGCUUUGCGCCUCCUUUCAAAUAAAGCGUCUCCGUAUUGA